CUUGCUUCGAUAUUACCACGACAGCUCUUGUCACGAGCACCCAUGCUCAGCAUAGCUCAUGUCCCCUAACCACUCUUCGACGUCGAGCAGGAGGAGGGCUGCUGUUCCGGCAACCCAAGCGGAUCCUAGUUUCCAAAAUACCGAAGAAGUGCCAUCCCUGACCCCCCGUCACCCGGCAAGAUCUUCUUCUCGCAGAUCUGCACGCCGAGGGCUUAGUCCUUCCCAGAAGAUUCCGUCCUCAUCACCAUCUCGGAGACGACGGACCCGAUCUGGAAGGAGGAGAGGAAGGGAUGAUGAAGAAGUGAGCGAUGUUGUGCCACCGAGUGACGACGAUGAGUACGAGGAAUGGAGAGACAGGAGGGCGGCCGAUCCGGUGAUGACCAGCCAUGGAUUAUCCCGCCCGAUCGACUACUCAAGUUCCCAUUUAGCGAUGGACAAGGAGACGCGCGAGGCGGGCGCAACAGGCAUUCGUCCUAAAAAGCCGGAUAAGUCAAUUGACAAUCGUCCCCCAAUUGGACUCUCCAUAAAUGCUAAUUUCGACAUGCAUUAUGCCAACCUCUUUUCGCCGGCACCUUCAUCAACCGUCGAUCCGACAAGUUCGCCGGAAUCCUCCUCCAGCGCAGCAACAACCCCUACUCGGCGUCUCACUUUCUCGGAAGAGGACCCAGAUUUCCCUUUAUACGAUGGGGACCAGGAAUUGCAUUCUUCAUCCAUCGCCGAAAGAGGGUCUCUACCUCCCUUAAUAGAGCCGUGGGACGGAAAAGACGACGAACUAGACUUUUUGGCUUUUUCGCCGCCAAAGAAUACAGACCUUAAAAUACCCUCUCAGCCUGUAAACACCUCGUCGCCGACACUAGAUGAUAAUGAUAGCCAGGAAAUAAAUAAAUCGUCAAAUGAAAUUGGAAGUCACCAGGUUGGAAAAGGAAUUCUGAAAGAUGUCUUCAACCAUGAUCUUCACCGACCUCUGCGGGAAUCUUCUCCUCAGCGUCUUCAGCGACGAUCCUUAACCCCUGAAACGUUACCUCUUCUGGAUUCCGACGAAACUACAAUAGAGGGGUCGGAACUGCAUUAUCGGUCGCCAACGCCUAAAAAUUUACCGAUCAGCAGAGACCCUCUCGAAGAGACAGGGAUGGAGGCAUCUCAGUUGCAUUUGCGACCCCCAACUCCUGAGACAGUACCGCUUCACAGAAAUGAUGCCGAUGAGACAAUGAUGGGGGAAAUGGGAUACCUCGUCCAUUCGCCCACUCCUGAGACCUUACCGGUGGAAAGAGAUGACUUCGAUGAAACUGUGGCGUCAGUUUUGUCGAGGAGAAUAUCACCCCUUCCUUCACCGACGCAAGCGCGGAAACAAACUCAUAGUCCUGUGACUGGCGGUCUAAUAGUCUCUCCCAGGGGUGACCUGCCUUUAUCUGAGCCUUCUCAGAAGGCCUCGAAUUCUCGCUCACCUGCACAAACCAUUGGUGCUAAACAAGACCAGUCAGUGACCCCUCGCCCUGCUACAAGUCCACAUCCUACCCUGAGCAGCUUUACUAAGAAUGUGCCCUUGAAUGGUUUACCCGACCCAACGCUUGGUCUUAACCAACCACCCCACCAACAAGACAUGUCAGGUUCUUUCCCACCCAAAUUGUUUGCUUCUUCCCAUAAUCCUUCUCUUCAGCCGCAGUCACCUAAACCACAAGCUCUUGCAUCGCCGCCUCAGAUUUCUUGGUCCCCAGCAUUCAUCGAUAUGCCUUCUCCAUCCCCACCACGGCAAUCUUAUACUCCUAUGGCUGAUGACCCCUCCCCUGCUCCAACUAGCACUCUUUCUUCGCUCCCUGUUUCGCUUUCUCGCAACGAUGAAUUCCAGCAGCAAUCAGAACAACCAACUCCUCGCCCAGCACCUCGUGAUUCUUCUCCUGCAGCCGACUUGUCUGCCUUUUUCGCUGCACUUGAAGCUCCCGCCCCGCCUCGAGCGCCCACUCCUCUUCCAACUGCUCCCGCUGAUCCAGCCCUCGAACAUUUUCGCACCACUCGUACGUUUCGUACUCGUACUGUUGUACAACUACAGCCGUACACGAAAGAACGUCAAAUUUACGAAGCGCAAUUGCGCAAGGGUGGUAUCCAAGCCAAAAAUAAAAGGCCAGCCCAUAGGGCCAAGGACGUCAGCCAGGAAGAUGAUGAUGCUGCAAUCGUUAGUCAAAGCUCAGAGGCCAGUGUCUCAGAGUCAUCCGAGGCGGAGGGUGCUCCAGCAAACGACGAGGGGGAAAGGAUUGUGAUUGGAGGCUCAGCGGAUCGACCACCAAGGGCUCGAACGCCGUUACCGCUGGUUGAUGCCGACUUCGAUGAGUACAUAUUAGCUCACGGUAUUGCGCCAGACCCGGAAGACAUGGAUGAGAAGACAAGGAAGCAACUUCAGAAGAUUGCGAGAAUGCGGGUCAGGAAAGAGAAGGAGGAAAAAAGGAAGGCCAGGAGAGAAGAAAGAGAACGGAAGAGAUUUGAGAGGGUCGUCAGAGAUAUAGCAGAAGGAGACGAACGAGAGAAAAGAAGACAAGAGAAAGAGAAGGAAAGGGAACUGCAGCAGGCGAGAGCUAGGGAAAGGGAGGAGCGGAGACAGCGAAAGGCGGCACUAGAAGCAGUGAGAGCAGAGAGGCGAGCCCAAAUCAGGCAGCAGCAGCCAGAACCUGAAGGAAAUGACUCACAGGCUGAUCGUGAACUUGAUGAGUUCUUGAAUGGGUUACGAGGUGAUGUUGAGCCUGAGGAUGAGUCUGGAAGUGAACGGGCCAGAGAAUCUGAAAUUCAGAAAAUAAGAGAAAGAAGGGCCCAAAGAGUAAGAGAGAGAGAAAGUCAAAGGGUCACAGAGGAUGAUGAAUUUGGACGAUUUUGGGAAAACCAAAAUAAGAGUCCUGAGGUAGAGGAGAGCUUCGCAGAUAGAAGACCAAGGCUCGCACGUAAGGGUCGCCCAAAUCGCAAACGUACUCCAGGGGGUACCAGAACUUAUGCCAGCACAAAAGAUCGUCGUAGAAGCCACACUAUCCCCUCCUCUGAUUCUGAAUCGAUCGUGCCCCUUUCAACCCCGCCCCACGCGGACUUACCUACUCAACCUGCGCUUCCUGCAUCUGAAUCUCGCCAGCGUUCAGUGUCUUACCACUCAGCCCAAUACCAGCAUUUUCCUGAAGAAGGAUUUGGACAACAUGCCGAGUAUGAUGACUUUGGCUACGAGUCCCCUGGAGUGGUGUACUCUCCUCUACCAGAGCACUUUAGAGACUCUCUUGAUGUUGACGAUCUCAUCGGUCCUGCGCGUACUCGGUCCUCUGUUCCGCCAACGUCUGGGGCUAAUCCUCACCCAUCUGGGGAAGAUGUCUCAAACGAUGGUGCCGACUCAAGCAACUCCUCCUCAGAUGAGGCUAUGCGUCGUGAUCCUCGACGCAGAAUUGCAGAAAGAAUGAUGCCCGCAGCAAUGCUUCGACGUCUUGAAGCGGAGGCUGCGCAAAAGGAAAAGGAUAGAGCGGAGCGUAAGAGAAGAGAGCGACGCGAAAAGGAGGCAAGGACCAGCAGAGGUGUUACUUCUCCAUUACGACCUGGGCAGGCUGUCGUACGACGAGGAGAGGGUCAGAAUAUGACAGCUGACAUGGCCGGAUUGUUCUCGGAAUCGGACAGUGAAAACGAUAUCCAGGUCGUUGAGAGGGCAGCAAGUGGUAAAGAAGAUCACCCAAUUAUGGUUGAUGACGAGAGCGACUCAUCUGAAGCGGUCGAGGACAAUGCCGGAGAGUCUCUAGCCAGGUUGCAUCGUGGAGAUUUUGAAGGCAUAGUGGCUGGUCGACGACGUGAGCACGUUCGUGCAGGUAGACAGAAACAAGGCCGAAGAACCGGCCAACGUUCAAAGGCCACAAGAAGGCCCGUCUUGAGACUUGCCAUGCGUAAUGCUGCCGGAGGUAAUAGAUCUCAUAGUGCAGGGAAUGUAGCAACUAGGCAGACUCGUCUAAACUUCCCUGCUGCCGGUGAUUCCUCACGACAGUCUUCCAACAAGAAGCGCAAGCGACGAGCUAAUCCUCGAGCCAACGUUCAACGUCCGGCCAUCCAGCUGGACGACGAUGUCAUUUUCGCCGCUGAUGACUUCGACUUUGACACAGAAGAUGAAGAACCUGCCCCCCCAGCUCAUCCCUUUCGACCAAGGCAGUUUGAGGGAGUCAAGUCGGCCAAGCCUGUCUCCACCUCUGUUGCGAAUGCUCUGGAUGCCGGUGUCGGUAAAGCGCGGUCGUGGGCCAAUUUUGACCGAUUUCCUAUCGACUUUGAUAUCAGUCCCCUGCCAUCUGGUCUGUACUGCAACCCGCAUAGUAUUCCGGGGAGCGGAAAACUCAACAAGCUGGUUAUGUCUCUGCGUUAUCCCGAAUCAUAUCGAGUGGCAAUGCCUCCGAUGGUCAGCGAAUAUGACAUUGAAUUAACUCAAUACAUGUCACCCCUCGCCAUCCAAGAGGUGGUUGGAAUCGUAUUUUCUGCAAGUCACCAACGACUCCUGACCAUUGCAAACACAUCCAAUCAUAGCGGAGAGCUUUCACUCGCCCCCCUUGAGUUCUUCGGGACGUACAUUGCUGCACACGAAGAUGGACAGGAGCUGUUUGCGCUGCGGGCUGCGACUCAAAAAGCGGUUGAAGAUUUAAGUACUCGACUUGACGCUGUUGAGACUAGUCAAAUUACGAAUCAAGUCGGGCGAGAUGCGCUGCUUAAGCUUCGAUGGGGGCUAUUGGAGUUGGCUUGCCGUCUUCAAGCUAAUCCUCUCCAGGGCCAAGCGAACGCAACGCUAGUUCAACAUUGUGUCUUUGCUUUGCUUAAGCAACUACUCUCAGUGGGCUUCGAUAGAACUAUUCGGCCCCUCAAGUCCAUCAUGCGUGGCGAAUCAGAAUCUCCGGAAAUAACUGAUAUGUCCAUUACCCUAUGGAUAGCCGUCCUUCACACUGCUUCAGCCUGGGAUGUCCAUUCUCGGCAACCUGAUGGGACAACAUUCCUCUUCCAAUUUGACCGCGCUAUCAACGCAGUAUUUCACCUUGAUCAAACUGGCCCCAUUGCAGCCGAACGUAUAUGGUACCUAGUUUUCGGCCUAUGUGCGCUCUCGCAGUUCAAUGAUCUUGGUCAGAUAAGUCAGACGUUCAGUGCUGUCCCUCGCUGGACGCUCGUUCGCAGAGCUGUGUCCAUGAUCAAAGUUGCUUUCAAUGAAGAAGCGGAAAAGAGAGCUCAACCUGAGACCCUUCGAGGGAGGGAUCGAUAUAUCAAAACUAUGAUGGCAAGAUGUGUCAGACUGUCAUCUGUGUGGAAAUGGUUUUUCGAUAGGCAAAGCUUUUCCGUUGCUACACGGAACCUGGGUGUUAUCUUUAAAGACCGACAAUAUCGUAACCUUCCCUCCGAAGCCCCUGUCGAUUAUCCCCACUUCAUCACACAAUUCAACAUGUCUCUAACGGCCGCGGAAGACACUAAGAGGGAGACUGCUUUUGAACUGUAUCUUCGCCUGGUCUGUGUGGCUGCAUCCGACAUUAUAUCUUCCGCUGAAUCUUUGGAUGAGGCCCAUCAAGCUGAGAAGGACGUUCAACGGCUGAUCAUGUCUAUCAUCCCUGUUAGUGCGGUCAAGUUCAAUCGCAUACUCCCGCCUUCGGCGCGUGAACUAGCCCAGCUUAUCAACCGAUACUCGAUCAUGAUUGCGGCUUGUUAUUUUUCACCCUCCUUACUCACUUAUCUCAUUGCAAACUCAAAGAAAUGGUCUGUGUUCCAGUUAGCCGAUUUUGACUCCCGCCAAAUCUGCAUUCGCGGAUUGAUGUAUCUAGCAGUUGCUUGCAGACAUCAUGAUCAAUCCCUUGAACCGGUUGUUGGAAGGCUGGGGGAGAUUUUAGGAGUAUUACAAGGUGAAUUGGAGGCAAGCCUAAGAGGCCCGGUCCCAGCGCAAGCAGCUACCAAGUUCGAAAUUGAACGAACAAUGGUGUUGGUAGUGACGUGUUUCAGACAAAUGAUUGAACACCAUUCAUUUGAUGUCGAAGAACAAGCUAAGCCAGCCUAUCCCGACCCAUCUCUUCUGCACGAGAGCUGGACUAUCCGAAUCUUUGACUUGGAUUUGUCACAAGACCUUAAAUGUGGUGUGGAAGUUGUGGCCACAAUCCAGUCCUACCUUGAUGCCCGAGCGUUGGCUCUACCCCAGCUGGCGCAACGACGUCGAAAAGCUAAAGAGUCAUAUAACGGCGGAAGCAUAGAUGAAUACAGCUCCAUGGGUAUUGACUUUACAAGGGCGGAAGUAUUAGCACUAGGAGGAGACGAUAUAGAGGCAGACCCGGUGGAUGAUCUCGAUAAUUCCCUUGCAGAGAUCAUUGAUCAUGUAAUCUCACCAAGGAUUUAUCGACUUCUGUCUGAUAUGCUCCCUCCUGUCCCCUCUAAAGGGGCAGCUGGUUCGACCGCGCCUGAGGAAGAGAAGCAGUUGUUCAUCAACAGGCUAACAAAAUGCUGGUCCGAUUGUGCUGCAGUCUUAGUCAUAGAACAUCAGAGACUUGAUUGGACAACCUUCAUUUCGCCUUUUGGGAGACAGUCUUGGGCCAGGCUAGGAAAUGAAAAAGGCCGAAUACAAGUAGGCUUGCAUUUCAUGCUCAACGUCGCCAAUCUCGAUCCUGGAUCUUUCGACUCAUACUCGGAAGACUACAUUGCCCUUCUUUUCCAAAGUAUAGGUACUGAUAAACUCACCAUCGAGCAUAAAUACCUUUCCACUCUCGUCGCCUUGCCGGAUGCGGCCAUGAAUCCAAUCUUGUCAAAACUCUCCUACAUGCAAGCAGUCAGGAGAGGUCUCGAUCGAAAUGGUUUUAUGGAGCUACGUCAAGAGGUCCUACAAGUAAUAUUCAAGAGUCUGGCCGAGCUUUUGCAGGCAACAGAAACGGCAGCUUCGACCAAAUCAUUUAUUUAUCGUUGUAUUAAUCUAUUCGUAUCUUCCCUUGUUUCAUAUGACAAGUCAAUUAAUUCAAAUAGAGUGUUGCAUAAACAAUCAUAUCACGCAUUCCUUGAUACCACAGUCACAGACAUGCGACGCCUUCUGGGCGAUUUCGUCACACCAUCGUCUGUACCAGGCCUCAAAUACUUUCAACAAUAAAAUAAAAUAUCAAUCAUUCUGUUUUUGGGGACUUUAUGUAUGCAUUGAUCAUCG